AGCGGAGAAGGGUCGUGCCGGACCUCUGGCAGCCAUGCGGCCUUCAGGGCGCCCUGCUGCUGGGCUUGGGGAGGGGGGACCGGGGGGGUUUAGUGGAGCGCUGGUCCCCGAGCCCUACGACAGCUUCAUGCGCAGCCACCUGCGCUUCUACGGCUACUUCCGAGGCCAGAAGACGGGCAGGCAGAAGAGCCCCGUGUCCCCGGGGGGGCCCUCCCAGCAGCACCCCCCCGAGGCCCCCAGCACGGGCAGCACCCACCCUGGCUGCCUGCAUGGUCCUGGGCAGGAGGCGAGUUCCCCUGGGGUGCUGGAGCCGUCCCCCCACCGGUGCACGCCGGUCCCCUCAGCGUGGCACCGCGGGUCCCUGGGGGAGCCACGGGAUCUCUUUGCCCUUCCCUCGGCACGGAGACCCCCGCCCCCUCCCCGGUGGCCCGUGGAGUGCGAAGUCAUCAAGGAGACGAUCGAGCACAUCGAGUGGGUCCCCCCUGAACCAGAGCCCUUCUGCCAGCCCCCGAGCCACGAGUGGCCCCCGGCCCCCCUCAGCGAGGAGCAGGGCACCGUCGUCUACCACCUCAGCCCAGUGCCCCCAGGCUCCCGUUUCACCCGCGCUCGGGUCGGGGGGGCCCUGGGCCCCCUCUCCUCUCCGGCAGUCCCCUUGGAGGGUCCCCAGGACACCACGCUGCUCUUUGAAUCCCGCUUCGAGAGCGGCAACCUCCAGAAAGCUGUCAAGGUGGGCCCCUACGAGUACGUGCUGACGCUGCGGCCGGACCUCUACACCGCCAAGCACACCCAGUGGUUCUACUUCCGCGUUCAAAACACCCGUCGAGACCCCCUCUACCGCUUCACCAUCGCCAACCUGGCGAAGCCCAAGAGCCUCUAUGGCGAGGGCAUGCGGCCGCUGCUCUACUCCCAGCGGGACGCCCAGAGCCGCGGCAUCGGCUGGCGCCGGGUCGGGACUGACAUCCGCUACUACCGGGGUGGCGGGGAGGAGCCGGCUGCCUUCCGCCUCUCCUGGACGGUGCGCUUCCCCCACGACGGCGACACUUGCUUCUUCGCCCACUCCUACCCCUACACCUACUCCGACCUGCAGCGCUACCUGCAGGCGCUGGCGGGCGACCCCGUGUGCUCGCAGUACUGCGCGGUGCGGGCGCUGUGCCGCAGCCUGGCCGGUAACACCAUCUACCUGCUGACCAUCACCAGCCCCACUGGCACGGCGGCCAAGCGGGCGGUGGUGCUGAGCGCCCGCGCCCACCCCGGGGAGAGCGGCAGCUCCUGGGCCAUGCGGGGCUUCCUCGAUUUCCUCCUCAGCACCCACCCCGACGCCCGGCUCCUGCGCCGGCUCUUCGUCUUCAAGGUGGUGCCCAUGCUCAACCCCGACGGGGUGGUGGUGGGCAAUUCCCGCUGCUCCCUGGCCGGCCGGGAUCCCAACAGGGCGUACGGGACGGCGCUCCAAGGCUCCUUCCCCGGCGUGUGGCACCUGCGGGCCAUGGUCGAGAGGGUGCUGGCGGAGCGGGAGGUGGUGCUAUACUGCGACUUCCACGGGCACAGCCGCAAGAAUAACGUCUUCAUGUACGGCUGCGACGGCGGCAGGGCCAGCACUGGGCUGCGGCUGCACCAGCGCGUCUUCCCCCUCAUGCUGAGCAAAAAUGCCCCCGAUAAGUUUUCCUUUCCCAGCUGCAAGUUCAAGGUGCAGAAGAGCAAAGCAGGGACGGGCAGGGUCGUCAUGUGGCGCAUUGGCGUCUCCAACAGCUACACCAUGGAGGUGGCCUUUGGUGGCUCCACGCUGGGCAGGAGGAACUCGCACUUCACCGUGGAGGAUCUCAAGUCGCUGGGCUACCACCUCUGCGACACCCUGCUCGACUUCUGCGACCCCCAUCCUGCCAAGUUCCAGCAGUGCCUGUCGGAGGUGGACACGCUGCUGCAGCAGCGGCUGGGCCGGGAGCCGGGCUCCGGCUGGAGCGAUGUCUCCCCGUCGGAGCUCGAAUCCAGCACCAGCGGCUCCGACAGCUCUGUGUCCGACGGGCCCCCAGCUCACCUCCAUGGCCUGGCACAGCCGCUGGAGCAACAGAGGAGGAAGCGGCGGCGGAGCCGGAGAGCCAUGAACGCCCUGUGCCAGACAAACACCAUCUACCAGAGCCGUGCCAACAUCCUGGCCAGGCUGGGGACCCCCAGGGCCCCCAGCACCCGGAGGGGAGGCAGCGUGGUGGGAGAGAAGCCCAGAGCCAGCUCCAGUGGGACCUUUCCCAGCGCAGCUGGAGCCGGGGACAGCUGCCGCGCCGCCAUGGGGGGGUCUCAGAAGGGUGUCACAAGUGCGGUGUCACACCAUCGGAUGCCACUGAGCACCCGCCACCCCAGUGUCACCAGUGAUUCCUCAGGGGAUGCAGCCCCGGGAGCUGAAACACGGCUGUCCCGGCAGUGGGGCGGGCAGGCGGCUUCUGCCCGUGGACGCAGGGUGCGUCCCCCCCUCACCGCCCCCGGCAGGGCCUCUCUGUCCGCCACCCCACGCUGCUGCGCCUGCGCUCGGGAUUAAAGGCGCUGCCAUGGCCGUGCCUCUGCCCGGUGAUGCCUCUUUCCAUCGCGCCAUGCCCCCCGGGGCACCCACUUGGCCCCCAGCGCUCCAGCCUGCCCAGAGGCUGAUGGCGCCCAGCCCUGGGCCCUGCCACCGUGACACUGCCUCUGGCCCUGCAGGCUCCGGUGGUUCUACAGGCCCCGACGCCAUGGUAUCACCUCCGUGUCGCCUCAGGCCCUAUCGCCACGGUAUCACUUCAGGCCUCUUCACCACGGUGUCCCCUCGGGCCCUGUUGCUAUGGUGUCACCUCAGUGUCACCUCAGGCCUCCUCGCCAUAUGUCAUCUCAGGCCCCAUCUCCAUGGUGUCACCUCAGGCCUCCUCGAGGUGGCGUCCCCUCAGGCCCUGUCGCCAUAGCGUCACCUCAGGCCCCGUCGCCAUAGCGUCACCUCGGUGUCACCUCCGGCCCCGUCGCCAUGGCGUCCCCUCAGGCGUGCAGGCCGCGGCGAGGCCUGGGGCCCCGCAGGCCCCGUUGCCAUGGCGACGCCUCAGGCC